AUGAAAGCUCUCAUUCUUGUCGGUGGGUUUGGUACCCGUCUACGACCACUCACUCUCACUCUGCCAAAGCCAUUGGUCGAGUUUGGAAACAAGCGCAUGAUUUUGCAUCAGGUGGAAGCGUUGGCCGCCGCGGGGGUUACAGAUAUCGUUUUGGCGGUGAACUAUCGACCUGAAAUUAUGGAGAAAUACUUGGAAGAGUAUGAAGAGAAAUUCAACGUCAAAAUCACAUUUUCCAUCGAGUCGGAACCCUUAGGUACCGCCGGACCUCUGAAGCUGGCAGAAGAGAUUUUGGGCAAGGACGAUGCGCCAUUCUUCGUUCUUAACUCUGAUGUUAUCUGCGAUUACCCAUUUGCGGAUUUAGCUGCGUUCCACAAGAAACACGGUGAGGAGGGCACAAUCGUAGUCACAAAGGUGGAGGAGCCAUCGAAAUAUGGUGUCGUAGUUCACAAACCCAACCACCCAUCGCGGAUCGACCGAUUCGUCGAGAAGCCAGUCGAGUUCGUCGGAAACCGUAUCAAUGCUGGUAUCUACAUUCUCAACCCAAGCGUCUUGAAACGUAUCGAAUUACGUCCUACCUCCAUCGAACAGGAAACUUUCCCAGCAAUCUGCGCGGAUGGUGAAUUACAUUCUUUCGAUCUCGAGGGCUUCUGGAUGGAUGUUGGACAGCCAAAGGACUUCCUCUCCGGUACAUGUCUGUACCUCUCUUCCCUGACCAAAAAGGGCUCAAAACUUCUCACAUCACCAAAUACACCAUGGGUCCACGGCGGAAACGUUCUUAUCGAUCCUUCCGCUAAAAUCGGUAAGAACUGCCGAAUUGGCCCUAAUGUCACCAUCGGUCCAAAUGUCGUCGUUGGCGACGGGGUUCGUCUACAGCGCUGUGUCCUCCUUGAAGGCUCCAAGGUCAAAGAUCACGCCUGGGUAAAGAGCACCAUCGUGGGCUGGAACUCGACGAUUGGGAAAUGGGCGCGUCUGGAGAACGUCAGCGUUCUGGGUGAUGAUGUGACGAUCGGUGAUGAAAUUUAUGUCAACGGUGGAAGCAUUUUGCCGCACAAGAGCAUCAAGGUCAAUGUUGAUGUCCCGGCUAUUAUCAUGUAA